AUGCGCUUCGUCGAGGAACGCGCCAAUUGGGAGUUCCUGGUGGGCGGGCGGGCCAAUCAGAACUACCGGGUGACGUGGCCCGACAGCCUAGUCAAGUCCACGUGGCGAAGCGCGAACGUCAAGCACCAUAACAUCAGCCUUAAGGAUACCCCCUCCUGCCGCGCGCUCCUUCCGCCUCAAGCCUACACCUCGCGGGUUUCGCGCGGCCGGCCCGUUCUUUCCGACGAGCUGCUCCGCGUGCACCGCCGAUGGUUGCGGGAUCAGCAACAAGAGAGCCGCUCGGAUGGGGAACGAGAGAAAGGCUCGGAUCAAGUAGGAGAGAAUCGCUCGGAUGGGGAACAGCAACAAGAGAGCCGCUCGGAUGGGGAACAGCAACAAGAGAGCCGCUCGGAUGGGGAACAGCAUCUCACAAAUCGCACCGAUUCCACCAAGAAUUCCGCGGGUUGCAUCGGUCGCACCGAUUCCGCGGAUUGCUGGUUGAUCUGGGUGCCGCGAGCCGGGCUAGGGAACAUGUUACGCGCGCUCUCCUCCUCCUUCGUCUACGCGCUCCUCUCGGGCCGCCGCCUUUUGCGCUGGCACGGCGGGCAGAACGGCGACGCGAUGAACAGCCUCUGCGCGGGGUUCGCGUGCGGAUUCGACGAGAUUAGGUUCCCGAAUAAUAAUCUGCCGAAUUACGCGGAGCCGUUGGAUCGGAUGGUAUCGAACGGCGAGCAGAUGCGGAGAUCGCUCGCAGAUCCGCGCCCGCUCGUUAUAAUCACGAUGUCGAGCGGGUUUGAUAAGUAUUGGAAGGAGGAUAAGGAGUUAACGCGGUGCGUGAUGGGCGCGUUAGGGUGCGCUUCGGACUGGUGCGUUUGGUCUAGAACGAUGGAGAUUUUAUUAGGAGGCGGGCCGACAAAAGCGCUAGGUUACGAGAUUGAAAAAGAUGUAAGAAUCUUUCCGCACGUGAAGACUGCUUCGGCUUUUAAUGGAAAAGUUUUUAACGAAGCAGAAGGUGGUCGAGGAAAUGGGUUGGCAGUUUUGGGAGAAGGGAGGCUGCGGCGCCAGGAAAACGGGGUGCGGGGAAGCGGAAAUUUGCGCAGCAGAGUUCGAGCGGGGGAGGCUGCGGGGGACGAGGGGGAAGGCGGGGAAGCGGGGGAUUUGGGGGAUGCGGGAAGUGGGGCAGUUCAGGUUGCGCGAAGGUUGAGCGGAGGAACGUUACGAGCAGGGGAAGGCGGGGAGGGGCGCGAAGGAGGUUCUGGUGGUAACCCGUUGACGAAAGGAACAGGGCUUCGCCUGCAGUUCGAUGUGUCGCUGCACAUCCGAACAGGGGACUGGAGCUUCGGGUUAUCCCAUUGUGGAGAUUCUGAUGCUGCCUGCCUGCUACAGCGCAGCCACGUGGCACAUGACGUGGCAUCCCUCUUCCUGCAGGCGUCCCAUUGGCUCUGCCUCUCCUCCCUGCUCCAGCUGUUCCGCUUCCGCAAAUGGGCGGCACAGAUGCGGGUGGCAAACUUGGGGGUGGCAGAUGAGCGGGCGGCGAAGCAGGUGGACAGACGACUUGAGGAUCAGAAUCGCUGGGGUCUCACUAGCGCCCACAUGGGGUCUCACUAG